CCCAGCAGCGGGACCACGGUGAUCUAACAUCUUAUCCCCUAUCCUUUGGAUAGGGGAUAAGAUGCCAGGGGCGGAGUACCCCUUUAAGAUUAGGAGGAUUGUAUUUGCAUAGGUCCGCUAGAUUUAGGGGUUAGACUAGGGCCAUAGAUCUUGCGGAGAUAGCGGGGAAUGGUAAGAACUAUCCUUCUCUAGCGCAGGCCUAGGCCGCAAGGCUUUGGCCUAGAAAUUGUCUUGAAAGCUGCGGAGGUCCUACCUCGUCCAGAGUCAGCAACCCAAGAGCAAUGAUGCUGCUUGCUUGGCAGCGCAGGAACAAGAGAGCGAUAAAAUGGUGCAGCUCCCUUAUAUGGGCAGGGGCUGGCCGUUUUGGAUUGGUCCAUAUCAGCUGUCACUCACCGUUACAAUGGAUUGUGGGUGAUCACCUGACUAGAACCACCAAAGGUCCUUUAGCAAAACCAUAGAGUUCUGUAACCCGGUCACAUGACCCGCAGGUCCUGCGACGCUAAAACAAGGGAAACUUACGUGUUAUUUGGCCUUCUCUGUACUGGUGGCGGCAAUUGGUUCCCUGCAGUUUGGAUACAACACUGGAGUGAUCAACGCCCCCGAAGAGAUCAUGAAAGCCUUCUAUAAUGAGACGUACAUCCAUCGCUACGGGACCCCCAUGUCUUCUUCCAUGCUCACCUCGCUGUGGUCACUCUCUGUGGCCAUAUUCUCCGUCGGUGGAAUGUUUGGAUCUCUCUCUGUCGGAUUACUUGCAAACCGCUUUGGCAGGAGGAAUGCGAUGCUUCUGACCAACGUUGCGGCUCUGGUGGGAGGAGCGUUAAUGGCUCUUGCCAAGGUUGCUUGGUCCUUCGAGAUGGUUAUUAUUGGAAGAUUUAUUAUUGGACUUUACUCCGGAACCUGCACUGGUCUUGUACCCAUGUACAUUGGAGAGCUGUCACCCACUGCUUACCGAGGAGCUCUAGGGACCUUGAACCAGCUUGGCAUCGUAAUAGGAAUAUUAAUAGCACAGAUUUUUGGUCUGGAAGUGAUCCUGGGGUCGGUUACAUUCUGGCCUCUCUUGUUGGGGAUCACAGUUUUCCUGUCAAUCAUCCAGUGUGCACUGCUGCCGUUCUGUGUAGAAAGUCCCCGAUAUCUACUUAUUAUGAAGAACGAGCCAGAAAAGGCUGAGAUCAUCCUAAAGAGACUUCGAGGAACUGAGGAUGUGGCCUCUGACCUUGAAGAGAUGAAGGAAGAAGGUCGGCGCAUGGCUCAGGAGAAACCGGUGUCCUUCCUAGAACUGUUCCGCGCCAAACAGUUCCGGCAGCCUAUUUUUAUCGCCAUCGUUCUGCAGCUUUCCCAGCAGCUAUCUGGCAUCAAUGCAGUCUUUUACUAUUCUACAAGUAUCUUCAAGGAUGCAAAUGUCCCUAAUCCUAUCGGCGCAACUAUCGGUGCUGGUGUUGUAAAUGUUGUUUUCACGGUAGUAUCGCUCUUGAUCGUGGAACGUGCCGGGCGUCGGACUCUGCAUCUCACCGGUCUUGGUGGAAUGGCGGUGUUUGCACUCAUCAUGACAAUUGCCCUAAAACUAGAGAUGCAAGCUGAGGCAUGGCGGUACGUCAGCAUCGUGGCCAUCUUCGGGUUUGUGGCUUUGUUUGAGAUCGGCCCAGGACCCAUCCCUUGGUUCAUCGUUGCCGAGUUCUUCAGUCAAGGUCCUCGACCAGCAGCCAUGGCUGUGUCUUCAUGUUGCAACUGGACGGCAAACUUUCUAGUGGGCAUGUUGUUCCCCUAUGCAGCAAAGGGAUGCGGCCCCUACGUCUUCCUCAUUUUCAUGGGUUUUCUGAUCAUCUUCUUCAUCUUCACUUUCUUCAAAGUCCCCGAGACCAAAGGCCGGACAUUCGAAGAGAUUACCCAGAACUUUAACAAAAAGACUCUUCCGGAACCUUCCAGCAAACGCAACAGCGUAGAACUAACCGGAGUCAAGGUGCCCAUGGAGUAAACAUGACAGGGUCGACGGUCAACGACCACCAUGCUCUACCUCAGUGGUCUCAAACUGUGGCCCUUCAG